AUGGCCAAUGGCAUUGAAGAUCUUAUUGGGAUCCCAUUCCCAAACCACAGCAAUGAAGUCCUAUGUGGUUUAAAUGAGCAGCGACACAACGGUCUCCUCUGCGAUGUCAUCCUCAUUGUACAGGACCAGGAGUACCGGACUCAUCGGUCUGUCCUUGCUGCCUGCAGCAAGUACUUCAAAAAACUGUUCACUACCAGCACUUUAACAGACCAGCCCUGUGUUUACGAGAUUGACUUUGUCAAGCCUGAAGCACUUUCUGCUAUCCUCGAGUUUGCCUACACCUCAACCCUCACCAUCACCACCUCAAACAUCAAGCACAUCCUCAGCGCGGCCAAGAUGCUGGAGAUUCAGUGCAUUAUCAACGUAUGCCUUGAAAUCAUGGAGCCUGACAGAGAGGCGGAAGAGGAAGAUGACAAAGAGGACGAAAACAAUGACGAAGAUGAAGAUGAGGAGGAGGAGGAAGAGGAGGAAGAAAUGGUGGAGGAUUUUAUCAGUCAGGAGAACCUAACUGAUGUCCAAGAAGUAAGCUGUCACCAAAGCCCUUCUAAGUCAGAUCUUACCGAAGAAGCAUAUACAGAAGCACCUAAAGACUUUCCAAAUCACUAUCCAGACAAUAACUCGUCUGGACACUUGGGUGUGAUACGAGACUUCUCCAUUGAGUCCUUGCUGAGGGAGAACUUGUACCCUAAGACAAACAUCCCAGAAAGGAUGCUAGCUCUCCCUCCUUUCACCCCUAACUUCUUCCCCCACCUCUGGAAUGGCGACUUUAGCUCCUUUUCCCAGCUCGAAGAGCCACAAGUAGACAAUAGCCCUUUGGAUCUGGUGAUCAAAAAGAGGAAGAUCAAGGAAGAGGAGGAGAAGGAAGACCUGCCUCCUCCUCCUCCUUUCCCUAAUGACUUCUUCAAGGACAUGUUUACCAACACCCCAGCAGCUCCCUUAGGGCAUAUUAAGGCAGAGACUGACUACAGCGCUUAUCUCAAUUUCCUAAGUGCAACCUAGUUUGGAGUAGUUUUUCCUCCGUGGUCCCUGGAGGAAGAGAGGAAGAUGAAGCCCAAGGCAUCACAGCAGUGCCCCAUCUGCAACAAAGUCAUCAUGGGGACUGGGAAGCUGCCCCGGCACAUAAGGACCCACACAGGAGAGAAGCCGUAUAUGUGCAAUAUCUGUGAAGUCCGCUUCACCAGGCAGGACAAGCUUAAGAUCCACAUGCGGAAACACACAGGUGAGCGGCCCUACCUUUGCAUCCACUGCAACGCCAAGUUCGUGCACAACUACGACCUGAAGAAUCACAUGCGCAUCCACACGGGCAUGCGGCCCUACCAGUGCGAGUUCUGCUACAAGAGCUUCACCCGCUCUGACCACCUCCCCCGCAACACCAACCACCUCAGUGGCACGCCCAUGUGCCAGCCCGGCCUCAGCGCCGAGCACUUCCUCAGCAGCACCAAGGAUGCCUUCGGCCUGCAGGAGCUGGAGAGCCGGUUCGAGGAGAUGCAGCUGAAGCUGCUGCGGUGUGCACAGCUGGACACAGAGAGGAACGCGGGCCUCUUCACCUUCGCCCUGGGCUGCUAGGACAACCUGGCAGGCCAGCCUUUCUUCCCACUGCCUGACCCCUGGAGUGCCAGCUUCAGCAGCCUCGCAGGGCUGGCGUGCGUGGCGCCCAUCUCUGAGGCGGGAAACUGA